AUGAGGACUAAAUGCAUUGACCCAAGCGAUUUGGGUGGCGAUUCUAUUAACUCGCCUUCUACACCGACCUCUACUGAUGAUCCAAUCACGACCAUCCAUCCUCUUAAAAACAAAGAUGGUGUUAUAGUGACAGUUCAGCCACCGGAUAAGCCAUUGAGUCCCGUCGCAGGUCAUGUUCCGUGCGACAUCGUUCUCGUCAUCGAUGUCUCUCAAAGCAUGAGCGACAACGCCCCAGCCGCAGUGUACGAUGAACAAGGAAACGCCGCCAAAGAGGAUUUCGGUCUGACUAUUUUGGAUCUUACCAAGCAUGCUGCUCGAACUAUAGUGUCAACACUCAACGAAGGUGAUAGGUUAGGGAUCGUGACCUUCAACCGAGUACUAUCCAGGAGUUGGGCUUAUAUUUUCGGUACACAGAUUAUACAGGAUCUUACUCCGAUGACGGAAGAGAACAAGGCACAAAUGAACGUCAGCAUCGACAGCAUGCGGACAGAUGGUGCGACCAACCUUUGGGGAGGAAUCACAGAAGGUCUUAAACUAUUUGAGCCUGGGUGUUCAAACGGCCGUGUACCGGCGCUUAUGGUUCUAACUGAUGGACAACCUAACACUCAAUGUCCCUCUCAAGGCUACGUUAGAAAACUCCAAACUAUGGGCCCUCUACCGGCCUCGAUUAACACGUUUGGUUUUGGGUACGAUAUUCGAUCGGGGUUGCUCAAGUCCAUCGCAGAAACUUCUAAUGGAAACUAUGCGUUUAUCCCGGACGCCGGCAUGAUAGGAACAGUAUUUGUACAUGCAGUGGCACAUCUAAUCAGUACGUAUGCAACACGUUGUACAUUAGAGAUAACCGCCACCAAAGGCGUGCUCUUGAGGACAACAACGGGAAAGCGUAUUUCAGAGGAGCAAGACGAGGAAGAGGCUGUCGGUAGGGGAAAGCUGACGAUUCAACUUGACAACUUGCAAUACGGACAGUCUCGCGACAUUUACCUGGAGAGUGUUGACGAGAAAGGACAAAAGAGCGCAUUUACAGGAUCUGGGGAAGAUGGGAUAAUGCAUGCAACGCUCAGAUACUCCCGGAUGGGAUCAGCUGAAUUUGUCACUUUCGCACACCAAGAUAUUGCCGAGCCCUCGAAUCUCGGACCAUCUGUGAUCGCAUACCACCAGAGUCGCUCGAUGAUUUGCGAUUUGCUCUCAUCCUUCGCCCCAAUCUGGAACUCCGAAUACGUGGAUAAGCGCCUCGACAGUGUCCAAGAUGAACGACGGCGUCUCCAGAAAGUUAUCGAUAGCAUCCCGGCCAAGGAUUACAAGGACAAAUACAACAAAUCGCUGAUGCAGGAUCUCAACGGGCAGGUCAGCGAGGCGCUGUCGCGCGAGACCUAUUUCAAUCGAUGGGGCCGGCAUUUCUUCUUUAGCUUGCGAAACGCUCAUGAGAAGCAGCUCUGUAACUCGUUCAAGGACCCGGGUCCUCUCAUGUACAACGAUAACAAGCUCUUCAACGAGUACCGCGACAACCUCGACGCGACCUUCAGUCUCAUCCCGCCUCCGAAACCUACCGCUCGAAAGCGUAAAGCCAAGGCGCCGAAAAUCUUCUCCAUGGCCAAGUUUCAUAGCCAGGGUAACCCGUGCUUUGCCGGUUCGAGCCAUGUUCUGCUCGCGGAGGGUUACGAGACGCCGAUAUCGAAUCUACGACAAGGCAUGUUGGUCAAGACGCCGGUGGGGGCUCGUGGUGUGCGAGCCUUGUUGAAGACGCAGCCAUCUUCUAGCGCUACCAUGUGCCGCGUUGAAAACUUGCUCGUGACGCCCUGGCAUCCCAUUAAAGUCGAUAGGUCUGAGAAUGAACACAUCCACGGUACCGAGUGGGUAUUUCCUAUAGAUGUUGUUAAGUCAACGGAGGCCUACUCAGAACCUGUUUACUCUGUACUGCUUGAGCCGCAUGAAGACGUGGACGCCCAUGCUAUAUAUGUCGGUGGCGUCUGGGGCGUCACUCUUGGACACGGCAUUACCAGCGGGAGUGAUGUUCGAGCUCACGAGUUCUUAGGCGACUAUAGUGCCGUUUCUAGAGAGUUGAUGACGCUGGGAUCUGGUGAGGAUGGUGUGUACUCUAGUGCUGGGGUGAGAAGAGAUGGUUGUACGGGUAUGGUGUGCGGUUUCGCAUCCCCACCAUCGAUUUAUGCGAACGAGAUGAAAGGUAUGGAUCGCGUGCAACCAUAUAGCAGGGUCGAAACAUUGUGUGCUUGA